CUGUUGGACUACAGUUCCCGUCGGGCCCUGUGGCAGUAUCGCGAGAAUGACUCGAAAUUGAUGGCGGGAACGCCGAGCUUGUAGUAGCAAGAGCAGUUAGGAGGGCUGAGCCCCCAGCAUGGCGGACAGCUACACUUCCGACAGCGAUCAGACAACACGUACGCUCUUGCAGCGGGUGCUGGAUACAGCGGAUUUACGCACUCCGAGGCGACGACGCCGGAGCGCUCAGACUAAACACAGUGCACAGAGAACUCUGCUUCAGACACCUUCCUCCAAGAGGCAGAAUAGCCAGACAAAGACAAGCGCCAGAAGGCAUUCCCACGGAGCUAGGUCAGGUGGUAGACUGGCACGUGUUCAAGCUCGUGGACACCUGGAAGAACCAACACCCCGGACUCUGCUGAAGAAUAUCUUACUGACUGCCCCAGAAUCUUCCAUCGUGAUGCCGGACUCAGUGGUGAAGCCAGUACAAGUACCCGAGGUGCUCCGGCGGUCUUCCAGGCGGAAGAGCAGCUGGGGCAGCCUGGAACUACAACUUCCUGAACUGGAGCCCUCCUCAACCCUGGCUCCAGGUCUAAUGGCCCCUGGCAAAAGGAAGCAGAAGCUAAGAUUGUCAGUAUUUCAACGGGAAGUGAGCCAAGGGUUGCCUCUCUCCCAAGCCCUGACAGAGCCACCUGGGAAUGCUGAUGAUUCGUCUUUGACCAGCUCCUUCAGCUUUGUCCCACCCGUUCAGCCACAGUCAGUGGAGAGGCCUGGUCUGGCUCGCCGACGUCCCAUGCGCCGACCUCUGGAUGUCCAUGCUCUUUUGCAGGAUCUGGAAGAUGAUUCCUCGACCUCAGCUCUUCCAGGCUGCCAGCAGAAGGUGUGGCCCAGAUUAAAGGUAGAUCUUCCCACCUCAAAGAUCUGGGUCUUGGACUGGAGAGAUGGCUCAGAGGUUAAGAGCACUGUCUGCUCUUUCAGAGGUCCUGAUUUCAAUUCCCAGCAACCACAUGGUGGCUCACAACCAUCUAUGAGAUCUGGUGCCCUCUUCUGGCAUGCAGGUGACAACUGUAGAACCCCUGUUGCUACUCUGCCAACGGAUGUAUUGUUGGAAGACACCCAGCCUUUCUCACAGCCCGUGGCUGGCUCUUCCCUUAGCAUGCACCACUCUCUGCCCAACCCUUCUCACACUGGGGCUGAAGAUGCUCAAAGAGCGGGCUCCAGGACACGAAGCACUGGGCCUAGGCUGCAGAGCCACAUGAACAGAACUAGCAUGGACACUACUCCUUUGCCCUUCUCGGAGCCACAGCCUCAGCCUCUAGAACUAAGAGAAGCAGUGGGAUCCCAGGAGGCUGUGGAGGCCAAGGUUCAAGAAGGAUCUUCAGGGGAUAAGGAUACUUUUGGCAGGCCAGCAAGUCCAGAAUUAGCCUUCACCACCCAUGACUUACUCCCAGAGGAGCAGCCACAUCAGUUUCUGGAGCCACCCCUACCUCCUGGAGUUGCAGCCUUAUCUUCAGAGCCCCAGGAGCCUAUGCCAGCCAAGCUUCCAAUUAGGACUGGAACUGCAGGUCCUAGGCACCGCCCAGACCCCUACAAGGCUGGACUGAGCCACUAUAUGAAACUCUUCAGUUUUUAUACUAAGAUGCCUGUGGAGAAGAAGGCUCUUGAGUUGGUGGAAAAGUGCCUAGACAAGUAUUUCCAGCACCUUUUCAACGACCUGGAGGCAUUUGCUGCUCAUGCCGGCCGUAAGACUGUGAAACCAGAGGAUUUGGAGCUGCUGAUGCGACGGCAGGGACUGGUCACAGAUCAGGUCUCACUACACGUGCUUGUGGAGCGCUACCUGCCCUUGGAGUACCGCCAGCUCCUCAUCCCCUGUGCAUUCAGUGGCAAUUCUGUCUUUCCUGCCCAGUAGUGGCCAGGCCUUAACACUUGCCCUAUUCCUACCUUGGACAUCUUGAACCCCACAAUCGUCAAGGUCUCCUUCUCCUACUACCAAUAAAGUCUCACAAAUGGCUUGUUCUGCUUUUUGGUACAGGUAAUAGGGCUGGCUCAAAUCCCCUACCCCCAGCCUGAAAAAUAGUAUGAAUUUAGAUAAAAGAAUUUUUAUACUGGAAGUUCAGCAACAUUCAAGCAUUUAAGUUGCCAAUAGGGGUUCUAGCUU